AUGUCGAUUCUCUGCAACUGGAGUCGUUACCUGAGAGAUGGAGCUAAAGAUCUCUGCUUCUCAAAACCCAACUCGGGUUGCAUUCGGGUUGACCAAGAACCGGCUGAGACAAAACCGAUGAGUGUACCAAAGGGACACUUGGCCGUGUACGUGGGAGAGAAUGAAGAUGACACGUGUAGAAUAUUGGUGCCUGUGAUAUACUUCAAUCACCCUCUGUUUGGGGACUUGUUAAAAGAAGCAGAGAAGGUGUACGGGUUCCAUCAUUCGGGUGGGAUCCAGAUACCCUGUCGGAAAUCCGAAUUUGAGAGUGUUAAAAUGCGGGUUGCCGUUUCUGCCGGUAACCGCCGUAGAUGGUGGAGGAUGAGGAAUAGUCAUUAG